GAGGCUGAGCUGGUCGUGCCCGCCCUGCGCGAUGACGUCAGCACGCCCGCUCGCGCCAAGGGAGGAGUGGGAGCUGCGGCCCGGGAGGCGCUGAGGCUCCGCCCCGCCCGGCCCGGCGAUGGAGUUUCCGGACCUGGGGGCUCACUGUUCGGAGCCGAGCUGUCAGCGCUUGGAUUUUCUGCCGCUUAAGUGUGACGCCUGCUCGGGCAUUUUCUGCGCAGACCAUGUGGCCUAUGCCCAGCAUCACUGUGCAUCCGCUUACCAAAAGGACAUCCAGGUACCUGUAUGCCCACUUUGUAACGUGCCUGUACCUGUGGCCAGAGGAGAGCCCCCUGACCGUGCUGUUGGGGAGCACAUUGACCGAGACUGUCGCUCUGAUCCAGCUCAGCAAAAACGUAAGAUCUUCACCAAUAGAUGUGAACGCUCUGGCUGCCGGCAGCGGGAAAUGAUGAAACUGACCUGUGAACGCUGUGGCCGAAACUUUUGCAUCAAGCACCGUCACCCACUGGACCAUGAUUGCUCUGGGGAGGGGCACGGGCACCCAACUAGUAGGGCAGGACUUGCUGCCAUCUCCAGAGCACAAAGCCUAGCUUCUUCUGCAAAGACCAUCCCCAGCCCAAACCAGACCUUGCCUUCAUCUACCUCUGCCAGCAGAGCCACAACCCAGUCUCCAUCCCGGACCACCCCUCCAGUGAUCGCUUUGCAGAAUGGCUUGAGUGAGGAUGAGGCUCUGCAGCGAGCCCUGGAGCUCUCCCUGGCAGAGACCAAACCCCAGGUCCCAAGUUCUCAGGAGGAAGAAGAUUUAGCUUUAGCACAAGCACUAUCAGCCAGCGAGGCAGAAUACCGACAGCAGCAGGCUCAAAGCCGCAGCUUGAAGCCGUCCAACUGCACCCUGUGCUAGGGCCUUGGGCUUGGGGAGGGAGGCUCAGCUGAGGAGGACUGUGGCCCUCGUACCUCUAGGGUCCACAGGGAGAGGAGGCCCAGAGCAGCCUGGAGUGAAGACGAGGAGCAGUGUCGUGGAGGGCGUCUCCAGGGAUCACCGGGAGAAACAGCUUGUGGAGCUGAGCCUACAGGUGGCUUUGCUGCCUCUCCAGCUGCGUGGGAGAGAGCAGCCUGGAACUGCUCCCUGGCUGGGCCCUGCAUCUUACUCCCCAAACACUGGAGCAGCCCCGAAGUGCAGGGGGCAGGAGGGGGUGCCGAGAACGAAUAAAGGAUCUUGGCAGCCAAGGA